CUUGUUGACGGUUGUGUCUCAAAUGAUGGCGAUUCGUUUCUUUAUGGUGCCUCCAGGGUCUAUCGUCACUUUACACUCAACUCUCGGAACACUUCCGUAGUUGCCUAUGAUGCUGCCAAGAUUAACGCUGACCUAGGCCUCUCACGCGAACGUCUUGUGCUCCUCGGCCUCCUUCUGGGCUGCGAUUUUUGGCCUGCUGGGGUGCCCGGAGUUGGCCAGGUGUCUGCACGUGCAUUCGUCUCGCAGAAUGAUCCAGCCGCCGUACGUAAUUAUUUCAGGGUGAACGAUCCAUCGUCGACGGCUGAGAUGCCGGCCUCUGUCCAAAAUGGUAUUUGGAAGAAGGUUAAGGACGGCCUGAGCGGAUGUCCGGUUGAAGAGGUAUUUGAAGAAUUCCUCCGUCCUUGUGCUGCUCGUGGCUGGCAGCUGCCCAGCAAAAGUUCACUUACCUGGUCCAAACCAAAUGUGAAAUUGGCCGUGGAGUUCUGCAUUCAACACCUUGAAUGGGCGCCGACCUAUUCACUAUUUCAUUUCAUUCCUUUAUUUGCAAUUUGGAGACUGCGCUCGGCGGCUAACUCUGGCGAAAACAUUCCACCCGAGCCGACACCAAUUCGGAUCAUUCGAAAACGUUCUGUUAACUAUAUACCGUCGUAUGAGGUGGAAUGGAAGCGGCUAAGCAAUGACAUCUGGUCCGAAGAUGCCCUUGUGACGCCCCCAUCAACUAGUGGAGAGUUGAGUGCGUGCCUAUCUGCGUUUUUCACUCAGGAAGGCUACAAGUUUUCCGUCCCAGCCAGUGAGCUAAGACUAGCCUUUCCUGAUCUCGUUACCGUCUACGAGGCAAUCGGACUGUUAGGCAUCUCUACAAACUUUAAGGGUCUGUCUCUUGACGGCCAAAAGUCAAAAGAGACCCGAAAAAAUUCGCUUACUGCUAAGCGAACCACGAAGAGGACCAAUCACUUGACACAGGUCGACUCCCCAAAUUCAGACGCGAAUGAAAAUGAUACAAUGGUGACCACAGCCAAAGCAGUUGGCCGUCAUAGCUUUCUGUUCGCCUGGGAUUCGACGCCCGAAUCAUCGCCUCAGCCAAAGAACCGCAGCCCCAGCCCUCGUGUUGCUGCUCUGAGGGUUUCUACUGAAAACCAUCCUUCCACUGCCACGAAUUUGAUCGAAGAAGAAACCACUUGGUACUUGCCCGUCCACAUCAACACUGCAUUUGAGCGGAGAAUUUCUCUUCAGUCCUCGCUCCUCUCCUUCACACCUUCCUCACCCUCUGCUGACCAAUCCGAUGACUUCGCCUGUUUUCAAACCCCUCCCCGACUUACAGACAGAUUGAAAUAA